GAAUACCUAUAUGGGAAAAAUACUAAAUACCUGACAUACAAUGACUUCAUCAACAAGGAGUUAGUACUGUUCUCAAACUCAGAUAAUGAAAGAUCAAUCCCGUCACUGGUUGAUGGUUUGAAGCCAGGUCAAAGGAAAGUUCUGUUCACGUGUUUCAAACGCAAUGAUAAGCGAGAGGUGAAGGUUGCUCAGCUGGCUGGUUCUGUAGCUGAGAUGUCUUCAUACCAUCAUGGUGAAGCAUCACUGAUGAUGACCAUUAUUAACUUAGCUCAGAACUUUGUGGGCAGUAACAACCUCAACUUGCUACAGCCUAUUGGUCAGUUUGGCACAAGGCUGCACGGUGGGAAAGACUCGGCCAGCCCUCGAUACAUCUUUACAAUGCUCAGCCCACUAGCACGGUUGGUGUUCCCACCAAUGGAUGACAGUAUCCUGAAGUUCCUAUAUGAUGACAAUCAACGUGUGGAGCCAGAAUGGUACAUGCCUAUCAUUCCAAUGGUGCUGAUAAAUGGAGCAGAAGGGAUUGGUACUGGCUGGUCCUGUAAGAUCCCCAACUUUGAUAUCAGGGAAGUUGUGAAUAAUAUCCGUCGUCUGUUGGAUGGAGAAGAGCUAUUGCCAAUGCUUCCUAGCUACAAGAAUUUCAAAGGCACGGUAGAUGAGCUGGGACCUAAUCAGUAUGUGAUAAGUGGUGAAGUGUCUAUCCUUGAUUCGACAACCAUUGAGAUCACUGAGCUGCCUGUCAGAACAUGGACACAGGCUUAUAAAGAGCAAGUUCUGGAGCCAAUGUUAAAUGGGACUGAGAAGACACCCCCACUAAUCACAGACUAUAAAGAAUAUCACACGGACACGACAGUGAAGUUUAUAGUAAAGAUGACUGAAGAAAAACUAGCUGAAGCUAAAGCAGGGGGGCUGCAUAAGGUCUUCAAACUCCAAACAAGUUUAACAUGCAACUCCAUGGUUCUUUUUGACCAUGUUGGCUUUCUCAAGAAGUACGACUCUCCCCAGGAUAUUCUUAAGGAGUUCUUUGAACUCAGGCUCCGAUACUACCGUUUGAGAAAAGACUGGUUUAUGGGAAUGCUAGCUGCCGAGUCUGCAAAACUGAGCAACCAGGCUCGUUUCAUCCUGGAGAAAAUAGAUGGCAAAAUUGUGAUUGAAAACAAACCCAAGAAAGAGCUGAUUCAAGUUCUUAUCCAGAGAGGAUACGAAUCUGAUCCAGUGAAAGCUUGGAAGGAAUCACAAAACAAGGAGGAAGAGGAGGAGGAGGAGGAGAAUGAGAGCGACAAAGAAUCAGCUGCAGCUUAUGGACCAGACUUCAACUAUCUGCUGAACAUGCCCCUUUGGUAUCUGACUAAAGAGAAGAAAGAUGAGCUAUGUAGGCAGAGUGAUAACAAAGUAAAGGAGCUGGAAAACCUUAAGUGCAAGAGCCCCUCUGAUCUGUGGAAGGAAGACCUUGCUGCCUUUGUGGAAGAACUUGAUGUACUGGAAGCCAAGCAAAUGCAGGAUGAGAUGGCAGGCUCUGUUGGUAAACCUUUAAAGGUGAAAGGAGGGAAAGCAAAGGUGAAAAAGACACAACUGCCAGAAGUAAUGCCAUCACCUCAUGGCAUUAGGGUUGUUCCCCAGAUAACUGCAGAGAUGAAGGCGGAGGCAGAGAGGAGAACUAAAAAGAAAAUAAAGACUGAAAAGAAUGAGAAUCUAGAAGAAAACUCAUCGGCCGACAAACAGCCUUCAGGCCUUAAGCAGAGAUUAGCGCAGAAGUUUAAUACUGGGAAAGGUGUUAAAAGACAAAUGACUCUGCCGUUUAAGCCACUGAAGAAAAUGAAGAAACGAAACCCUUGGUCUGAUUCAGAGUCUGAUUCAGGAUCUGAUUCAGGGCCCGAUUCAGGGUCUGAUUCAAGGUCUGAAUUUGAAGCGCCUCCUCGAAGGGAGAGAGUGGUUUCCCAAGCCGCAGCCAAAGCCCAGAUGAUCAGUUCGGACUCAGAUGCAAAUCUCUCCAGCUCAGAUGAGGAGUCUGAAUUACAGAGUAACAGUGAAGGCAAGAUGGAAUCGGACGCCAGCUCAAAAGAAAAACCUGCUCCCAAGCCCAGAGCUCCUCCGAAGAAAACCACUGCAAAAGCAGCUAAAGCUCCCAACCAGAAGCCAGCACAAAGCAUUCUCACUGUCCAAAAUGUUCCUAAUGAAAAUGAGAGUCAAGAUCCUGUAGCUCCUUCCAUCUCUGUGCCUCCCAGCAAGACCGUAUCCAAAAAACCUGCUGCAGCUAAGAAGGCCAGUGCUGCUAAGGAUGACCAGCCGUCCAUCAGGGAUAUCCUGGUCAAGAAAAUGCCUGCGUCCAAAUCCAGCAAGACGGCGCUGAAGGAGGAGGGAUCCCUGGUCCCUGAUGUUGGAGCAGCGGGUGACAAGAAACCUGACCAGAUCAAGAGACGCAAAGCUGCCAAAAGGCAGCCAAGCUGCCUAAGUUUGGAUUCGGAUUCGGAUUUUGAGCUGAAGCCUUCCAAAUCGGUUGCAGUGAAGAAAUGCAAGCAGUUGGAUGACGACGAGAGCUUUACCAUCGUUACCGCUGCUGGUGAGCCUGACCUUGGAACAGCCGUGCUCCGCACCAGGCCUGGGCGCCUCAAAAAGCCUGUCCAGUACUUGGAGGAGUCCUAUGAGGAAGAUAUGUUUUGA